UUAACACGACAGAAACUACAAACGGAACAGUUGCUCUGAUAUCAUGUGACAAUGGUUAUACAUUAUCAGGUCAAGCAGUUAUAACAUGCCAGUCAAAUGGAUCUUGGACACAAAACCCAGCUUGUGACAUCGUUGACUGUAAAGUACCAAGGCCAAACAAUGCCCAUGUAACAUUGAUUGGAAACAAAACUACAUUUGGUGAAUCAGCGAUUAUAAGUUGCUGGACUGGUUAUAACCCAAAAGUGAAUUCAAAUGUUAUGUGUCUAUCCAAUGGCUCAUGGGAAAAGUGGACUGACUGCGAAAUUGUUGAUUGUGGUGAUCCUGUUCCGGCCAAAGGCUCUGCAAAUAGUACAAAGACAACAUAUAGAACAGUUGUAGAGAUAACAUGUGCGCCUGGCUAUAUCUUGACGGGAACACCAGUAAUUGAAUGCAAAGAAGAUGAAACAUGGACAGAUUAUCCUACAUGUGAUACAGCAGAUUGUGGACGAUUCUCAGUGGCGAAUGGUGAAGUGAAUACGUCACUUGGUACAAGUAUUGGAUCAUUGGCUACUGUCAAGUGUGAUGAUGGUUAUGAUUUACAAGGUUCUUCAGAAAUUAUUUGUACAUCAGAUGGAUGGGAAAAAACUGUGUCAUGUCAAAUACAAGUCUGUGAUGAUCCUACACCGUACAACGGAAAGAUAACUGACACAGAUGGAGGUGACGAGUUUGUCUUUGGCAAUUAUGUAAAGAUAGAAUGUUACAGUGGGUAUAACAUUGAAGGUGACAGUGUGAUCACGUGCAUAAAUGGAAGGAAAUGGAGUGCAUCAUCGAAAUGUCGAUUAUUGGUAAAUGUUUGUAUAUUGUUAUGUUUAAAGGACUUUAGCUAA